UGUAUCCAAACCUAUGUAACUUGUCCCGAAAAACAUGUUGGGGUACAUGAGUUCUUGAAUCUUGAAGCACUUAUCUUUCAACCCAUCGAAGAACCAUGACAACCACACCCAAUCCCACACUCAUUUACUCUCCAAACCCCUCAAUUCAUCUCACCAAAAUCCACUUUCACAUAUCUCCCAGACCCUUCAAAUCAUCAUCUUCAUCAUCAAGGUCUACUUCAUAUUCAAUCAAAUGCAGCAACCCCAUUAAUGACAACAAUGGCAGUGCAAGCUCCGAGCCCAGAAACGAUGGUGGGGGGUUGAAGAAUCUGCUGUCUGGAAUAGUGGAUGAGCGGGUGGAUGAGUUGUUAAACAAAGAGGAAAACAGGGCUUUGUUAGAUGGGUUGGAUAAAGCUACACAGAGAGUUGAAAUGGCCAAGAGGGAACUCGCAAAGAUUGAAGAACAACAGACUGAGAAUAAUAAGAUGAAAGAGUAUAUUAAUCAGCUUGAAAUUAGAGCUGCUGAGAUUGAGGAAUGCCAGAAGGACAUAUUAGAAGCAAGAGCACUAGUCGACGAAGCCGAACGAUCUCUUGAACCUGAAGAUAAAAAGUCAGCGAUGACAGAAACCGAAAGAGAAGCAAUGAACAAAAACAAAGAGAGAUUUGAAUCAGUAAAAGCUGCUUCUAUCUCCGCCAUCGUCGGCACUCUGGCUGGCUUACCUAUUUCCUUAGCUCAGGCAGCCAAUACUUCCCAGUUAAUACUCCCUUCAGCAAUUACACUCGUCAGCUGUGCCUUGUUUGGUGUCACCUUCCGCUAUGCUGUUCGCCGUGAUUUGGAUAAUUUUCAGCUCAAAACCGGAACUUCUGGUGCUUUUGCGUUUGUCAAAGGCCUUGCUACUUUGGGAGGGGGGCCACCUAUGGAGUUGGAAAUUGGUAGUAUAUCGUCUCAUGCUUUCACGGGUGCAGUUUAUAUAUCAGAGAAUCUUUUAAUCUUUCUGUUUGCUGCUGUUGGUUUGGAUUUCUGCAUUAAACUCGGGAUCUUAAGUCCAUUUCCGAUUGAAACAGAUGUUACGACCAGUAAAACGAACUGAAGCGUUAACUGUACUACAUUUUGUGUUAUAGGUUAAUAUUUGUAUAUACAGACAGUUAUUAUGAAAAUGAAACCAUUCAUUUGGUUCUUGUUAUAAAGAAAAACAGCAUUCUUUAUACAGUU